AUGAAGGGCAUUGAAGUUACAGCAUAUGUCAAGAGUCCGACGGAGCUCAAGGUGUCUGAACUGCCGGACCCUGUUCCCAAAGAUGACGAAUACUUGAUACAUGUCCGCGCAGCGGCUACCAACUUCUUUGACGUUCUCCAGAUUGCGGGCAAAUACCAAAAUCAACCACCCUUUCCAUGGGUUGCAGGUGCCGAGUUCGCAGGCGUUGUCAUAUCCACGCCAAAGGACUCCAAGAACCCCAAGUUCCCUAAGGGUGCCAGGGUAUUUGGCGCCACCCAGGGGGCGUAUGCCACGAAAUGCGCAGUCAAGGAGGCCUCGAUGCUCCUUGUGCCCGAGGGCUGGUCCUUUUCCGAGGCGGCCGGACUGUUCGUCACUGCUCCUACCAGUUACGGCGCUCUAGUCGUCAGGGCCAAGCUGAAGCAAGGCGACAAUGUCCUGGUUCACGCUGCUGCUGGCGGGGUUGGUCUGGCCGCUGUUCAAGUUGCAAAAGCUCUCGGCGCUACAGUCAUUGCCACCGCGUCCACCCCGGAAAAGCUGCAGGUAGCAAAGUCGUUUGGCGCCGAUCACGUCCUCGAUUACAAGGAUCCCGACUGGCCGGCCAAGGUGAAAGGACUGACCCCAAAGGGCCGCGGCGUCGACAUUGUCUUCGAUCCUGUUGGUCUGGUAGCCAAGUCAACGAGUUGUACCGCGUGGAACGGCCGUAUCCUGAUUGUUGGGUUCGCCGGGGGCGCCAUCGAAAAAGUUGCCAUGAACAAGGUCCUGCUCAAGAACAUUUCCCUGGUCGGCAUCCACUGGGGCGCGUACAGCAUCCACGAGAGGGAAACCAUCCCCGUCGUCUGGCAGGGCAUCAAUAAGCUUGUCAAGGAGGGCAAGUUUCGAGGCACCGAGUUCAAGGACGAGGAGUUUGUUGGACUGGACAGAGUAAAGGACGCGCUGGUCGCUUUAUCGGGUCGUGGAACUUGGGGAAAGGUGGUUGUGAAGAUCCCGCACGACGGGGCGAGUCGCCUGUAG